UUUUCUUUUCCUUUUUCUUAAUUAUUUUUUUAUUUGAUAAGAAUACCCUUUUAAUUCAUGGGUUCUGUUCCGAUUUCUUUUAAACAACGAUUUUGAAGCUAUUUCGUAUUUUUUGUUCUUAAUAAUGCCAUCAUAAUUUUAAGAAAAAGGGAGUGUACGGGAAAAGGAAAAAAAUGGUUCCUUUGUUUUUAUCUGAGCCAAAUUGGGAUGAUGAAGAGGGAGAUAAUGAAGCUUCCAGUCAGAUAGUAUCGCUUUUAAGCAAAUUGGGUUCGGUUAUUUGGUCACUGAUGGUCUCUGGAGGUCGCUCUGAGGCUCGGCUAUGGCUUUGCAAUGCGGUAUCGCGCUUAAGUUCAAUCUCUCCUCACCAUAAGAGAGAUAUCUUUAUGAAGAUGUUGACAUCGAAGCCAACAAGGAAGGGUUUAGCAUCUCAACUCUUGCAAUUGGUUUUUGAGAAGAGGCCAAGGAAAGUUGGCUCUAUCUUGGCCAACAAAAGUUACUUGCUUGAGAAGUUUUUCCAAGGGAACCCGAAGCGAAUAAUGCAGUGGUUCUCCAAUUUUGGAGAUGGCGGUGGAUUGGAGCACAAAAAAGGCGCAAAGGCAUUGUCUCAAUUUGCUUUCGUAAAUAGGGAUAUCUGUUGGGAGGAGCUUGAGUGGAAGGGAAAACAUGGGCAAUCACCUGCAAUGGUUGCCACAAAGCCUCAUUAUUUUCUUGACUUAGAUGUCCAACGAACAGUUGAAAAUUUCCUUGAAAACGUGCCUGAAUUUUGGUCUUCCCCUGAGUUUUCCGAAUCACUGAAAGACGGGGAGAUUCUUUUCAUGGAUACGAAGUUCUUUGUGGAACUUUUCAUCGAUUUAAUGUAUAAAGAGGAUUUAGAUGAUAUAUGGGAAGUAAUAAGUGAGUUUCUGAAGGAGGAAUCGUUUUCAUCAUUGUGUCAUCACCUUCUUAUCAUUCUUGAAGAGAGUGAAUUCCGCAUCUUUCUGGAAUUGCUUCUUGGAUAUAUCAGUCCGAGGAUAGAACAUAAGGAUUUUGGUAAUUCAUCUUAUCUCCUAGAGUUUAUACUUUGUAAAUGCGGUGAUCCAGGAUCCUUUGAUACGCUACUUAUGUUAAAUGCUAUCAUCAAUCAAAGAAGACAGCUUCUCCGGCUUGUAAAUGACGAAGAGUGUCAGGACGAAAAUGAGCAAGUCAAAGAUAUAGUAUCACAAAUGUGCAAAACCUCCACUAAUACCUAUACUUUAGCUUCGAUCCUUAAAGAAUGCGCCAAAGCCAAACCCAUUGAAGCAAUAAAAUUAUUGGGGCUUUAUUCUUGGGUUAUAUAUUACAGACUGUCAAAGGAAUGCCAGACACCAGGAUCCUGGGAAGCUUUGUUUCUGAGUAAUGGGAUAAGUUUCCACGAAUCUGGUAAAUAUUCUAUGCUUAAUGAUGAAGGUCCUUUAGAUGACAAUGACUCGGCAGGGGAUGAUAGAGCAUCAAGUAGGCGCAGGAAGAAAAAGAAAAGAAGAAAGAGGACAAGGCACUUUGAUCAUGAUGGUGGAUAUGAUGAUGAGUUGCUUGAUUUUGAUGCUUCAGAAAGAAGGUUGGGAUUACAAUCUGGCGGCGGAAGUUGGUUGCUAUCAAUCGAUGAUUUUUCUACAUCAUGGACCAAUGUAGAUUUGCCGGAGCAUCUUUCAAACCACUGCUUGUCUACAUGGAUGAAGCAGCUUGCAUCCCAAUGGAGUAAUGUGGCUAAUGCUUGGUAAGGGAGCGCAGCAGAGUCAUGUGUCUUUAACAUCAUACAGGCCUGUGUAUGAACAAACGUGGGGUGUUGCAUUAGAGGGGCUCUGUGCAUUGGUCCCUCAGGUAUUCCGGUGGAGACAUCCCUUCUUUCCUUGGAAUGUGCCUUUAAAAUCAGAGCAUCAAGUAGUGAAGUGGGUUGGGGCGACUUUGUAUUAAGCCUUCAAUUUUUCCACUGGACCCAAACAGGCACUAAAGGGGGAGCGCGGGGCAGGUUUUUGUUUACAAUAUUUCCCGAUGGUUGUUGAUUUGAAGAUGCAUAUCUUCAGCUAAUGAUUGUAUUUCUGUGGUUACAAAUGAAAUUAUUUGUAUACUAUCAAUAACGGAGAUUCAUUUUAGGGAUUCUAACCUUUGGUCAA